UGAACACAUAUUUCCUUGUGGAUUUAAUUGUUACCAGUUGGUACGACCAAAACAAACCUAUAUAAUCAAAACGGCUGUAUUAAAAUUCAGUAGCUUGAAAAACAAGUGACGGACAGAGGAAACCGCUGGGACACAUGCUGUUACAUUUAUAGUUAUAUUCAUUGUUUUGUUUGGUAUCGUUAUGAAUCGUUUAUGAAUGUGAUUCUAUUGGGAUUGUUGUAGAUCAUCGAUUUCUCAAGAAGGUGGGAAUAAAUAGGUCGCAACAAACCAUCACAGAAAAGAAAACAGAAGAAACAAAUUUAAGUAACUACUGACCGGUCACCAUCAUGCCCCGAUCUAACUUUUUGUUGUGUUUGAUGGUCUUCAUUUCUCUGGGACUGUCCGGGAGUGAUGAGCCAAACCUAUUCCUGCCGCCAGCCAGCGAGAUGCCCACGGAAGCCGGGAUGUCGCUGUUAGAGUUGGAGGAAGCUGGCGCGCACGAGUGCUCGGCGUGCGUUUGGCGAGAGCAGAGCAAGGUGCUAAGACUGGAGACCAUCAAAUCUCAGAUCCUCAGCAAGCUGCGACUCAAGCAGGCGCCUAACAUAAGCCGAGAAGUGGUGAACCAGCUGCUCCCUAAAGCUCCGCCGCUGCAGCAGCUCCUGGACCAUCAUGACUUCCAAGGGGACGCUUCAUCGCAAGACGAAUUCAUGGAGGAGGACGAGUAUCACGCCACUACUGAAUCUGUCAUCACCAUGGCCUCGGAGCCGGAGCCCCUGGUCCAGGUGGACGGGAAGCCCAGCUGCUGCUUCUUCAAGUUCAGCCCCAAGCUGAUGUUCACCAAAGUGCUGAAGGCCCAGCUGUGGGUCUACCUGCGUCCGCUCCAGCAGACCUCCACGGUCUACCUGCAGAUCCUGCGGCUGAAGCCCGUCACCGAGCAGGGCAGCCGGCACAUACGCAUCCGCUCGCUGAAGAUCGAGCUCAACUCGCGCAUGGGCCACUGGCAGAGCAUCGACUUCAAGCACGUGCUGCAGCACUGGUUCAAGCAGCCGCACACCAACUGGGGCAUCGACAUCAACGCCUUCGACGAGAGCGGCAACGACCUGGCGGUCACCUCGCUGAGACCGGGCGAGGAAGGACUGCAGCCUUUCCUGGAGGUGAAGGUUCUGGAGACCACCAAGCGCUCGCGGCGGAACCUGGGUCUGGACUGCGACGAGCACUCCACCGAGUCGCGCUGCUGCCGCUACCCGCUGACGGUGGACUUCGAGGCCUUCGGCUGGGACUGGAUAAUCGCGCCCAAGAGGUACAAGGCCAACUACUGCUCGGGCCAGUGCGAGUACAUGUUCAUGCAGAAGUACCCGCACACCCACCUGGUGCAGCAUGCCAACCCCCGCGGGUCGGCCGGGCCCUGCUGCACCCCCACCAAGAUGUCGCCCAUCAACAUGCUCUACUUCAACGACAAGCAGCAGAUCAUCCACGGCAAGAUCCCCGGCAUGGUGGUGGACCGCUGUGGCUGCUCCUAGACC